AUGUCCAAAGUAACGCUCGCUCUCGUUGCCGCAGGCGGCGCCGCGUUCGGAGCCGCAACAACAGCCGCCCUGUUUCCGCGCAAGACGGCGAGCCCGGUCAACACUCCCGCCGCCGUGCCAUUUCCCCCUCCUGCCAACGCGCCCUUGGCUGUAGGCAAGCCCGCGGGUGUCCAGGAAGCUCUGGCUGCUGCUGCUAGACCAGUCGAUCCCAAUGGACUCUACCAAUAUGGAUUCCCUGGCCCUGUGUCCGACUUGAGAGCCGCCGCGUCCUUGACCUCCGCGUACGAUCGUAGAACGAGAAACCCUGCCUGGGUCGUCGAGCACAUCACUCCUGCUUCUCUCAAGAACAGCAAUGCAGACCGCAAGCACUCUGUCUUUGUCGAGGACGAAGGCAUCCCCGAGAAGUUCCGUGCUAAGCUGAAGGACUACUUCCGCAGUGGCUACGACAGAGGCCACCAGGUUCCUGCUGCCGAUGCCAAGUGGUCGCAGCAAGCCAUGGACGAUACCUUUGCGCUGAGCAACAUGUGCCCUCAGGUUGGCGAGGGCUUCAACAGAGACUACUGGGCUCACUUUGAGGACUUUUGCCGUCGUCUCACUGGACGUUACCCUUCGGUCCGCAUUGUGACUGGACCUCUGUAUCUCCCGAAGAAGGAGGCAGAUGGAAAGUGGAGAGUGAGCUACGAGGUCAUUGGCAACCCUCCCAAUGUUGCUGUUCCUACACAUUUCUACAAGGUCAUCUUUGCCGAGGAUGGGAAGAUUGGCGGUAAUGUCGCACUGGGUGCUUUUGUCUUGCCCAACGCUAGAAUCGCAAACGACAAGCCCCUGCAGGACUUUGAGGUGCCUCUUGAGGCUGUAGAGAGAGCAUCCGGCCUCGAAUUCGCAAACCUCCUGCCUCCGGCUCAGAGAAAGUCGCUGUGCAAGGAGAUCAAGUGCUCCAUCAUUGUCAAGGAUUACUCGCAGAGACAAAAGACAUUGGCCAAUCCUCCCCCGCCUCCAAAGGCAAACUUAUGA